AUCCGCACAAAAUAAAUAAAUAAAAUGGGCUCUGAAGGCCACCAUAAUUGACACGGCUGAACUGAUCGUCAUACCUGACGGCCAUUAGCUGUCUCAAUCCGUACCGUUUGAUUUAUCAACAGUGAUUUGAGCUCACAAUUAUGACGAAUUAAUGUCUGCUUCAAUCAAAACAGGCAGCGCUUAACACAGUCAAACUUCUUUGUAAUCCGCGUUAAACCGACGUAUCGCGCAAGAAGCAUUCAUAGUUUUACCCCUUUUAAACUUAAAUCUCAGAAAGUCAAUUCAAACUGCCUUACCCAGAAAAUUCUCGUUUUUUUCUACGGGUCCGAACUUGCACCAUGCCUUCCUCUAACUCUGCUCUGUACUAUAUAAUGAGAGAAACCAUAAGGUCUAUAUGCCUCUGAAAUAACCAAGAGAAAUCUUUUGAGGAAGAGCAAGCGCCUUAAGAAUUGGGUGAACUUGUUCAUCCAACAUUCAAACAGCUGCUAAUCCAGAGUUUUAGGAUCAUCUCAUUGAAGAAGGAGGAGUUUUUGGAGAAAAUUCACAUCAUCUUGUAUGGGAAUUGUUGCUUCCUUGCUGAAGGAAGCUGUCAAAAUUUCAGUUGGUCAUAGGAUAUUUUUAUUUGUACUAAAUAACUUUAGAAAGGAAAAUUUAGAAACAGCUGAAGUCAGAUCUAUAAGCUCAAAAGAUAUGAGAUCACAAAUAGCAAUGCUAAGAGCAUUAAGUUUCAAACGCAGUAAUCUAAGAUCUGAUGCUGAAAUCUCAAACAGUUUUGAUCAGAAGGAUUCUGACGUAGACAUCUCAGACAGUCAUAAGCCAAAGGGUUCUGAUGCAGGCAUCUCAGAAAGUCUCAAGCAGAAAGAAUCUGAUGUGGCUUCUGUAGGAUCAGAAAUCAAUAAAGAAAAGGAUGUGGAUGCAGCUGCAUUGACAGUACAGAAAGUGUAUAGAAGUUACCGAACAAGACGAAACCUUGCUGACUGUGUGGUUGUGGCCGAGGAGCUCUGGUGGCAAGCCAUAGACUUUGUGACACAAGAGAGAAAAACCGUCUCCUUCUUUGAUAUUGGAAAACCAGAAACUGCUGUUUCCCGUUGGUCGCGCGCUGGACUAAAAGCUGCCAAGGUGGGCAAAGGCUUAUCAAAAGAUGAAAAUGCUCGUAAACUAGCUUUUCAGCACUGGAUGGAGGCUAUUGAUCCACGACAUCGGUAUGGGCACAAUCUACAUUUUUAUUAUGAUGCUUGGUUUGAAAGUGACACUAAGGAACCAUUUUUCUAUUGGUUGGAUAUUGGAGAUGGAAAGUCUUUGGACCUUCAGAAUGUCUGCCCCAGGUCAAAACUACAAAAGGAGCGCAUUAAAUAUCUUGGUCCUAAAGAGAGGGAGCAGUAUGAGUUCAUUCCCCAAGAUGGGAAACUUGUAUACAAGCAAAAUGGGCAAUUGCUUGACACAAGGAGUGGCUCUGAACGAUUAAAGUGGAUAUUUGUGAUGAGCACAUCAAAAAAGCUGUAUGUUGGACAGAAAAAGAAGGGGACAUUUCAACAUUCUAGCUUUCUAGCUGGAGGGGCUACAUCUGCAGCUGGAAGAUUCAGAGUAGAAGAUGGAAUUCUUAAGGCCAUUUGGCCACAUAGCGGACAUUAUCUACCAACUGAACAAAAUUUCACAGAGCUUCUCAAUUUUCUGGAGGGAAAUGGGAUUGACCUUUCUAAUGUUGAGAAGGGUACAUAUGAAGUUGACAGUCCAGAGUUAGAGAGAGACAAAAGCCGUCAUACUCAGAAACUGGAAGGAAAUGUUCAAUCUGAGGUGUGCAUUGAAAAUAACACUACUCUUUGUGAGCAUGAACAGAACGCAGAUGAAGGCAAAUCUGGGGAUAGGUUUAUGCUCUCUCAGCUGGAAAAUCCAAGUGAAAUAUCCAAUUCUAAUGCCUCAGCUCAAGUAACUAUUUCUCAAGAAAGCUCCAUGAUAGAACAAAGCACUAUGGGUACAGAAACAAUAACAACUGGAGAACAGAAAGAAUGUCAAGAGUCUGUGCCCUGCAAUAUAAGUAUGUUGGAAGAUCUUGAAAUUGAAAAGCCAGAAGUUCCUCAUACAGCAUUGCUCAAGAGGUUUAACUCGAAAAGAGCAAUUCAAUCAUAUCAGCUGGGGAAGCAAUUAUCUUUGAAAUGGUCUUCAGGGGCUGGUCCCCGCAUUGGAUGCGUUGCAGAUUACCCUGCUGAACUUCGUGCCGUGGCUUUAGAGCGGGUGAACCUAUCACCAAGAUGUGCAUCUCCUUCUAAUUAUAAAUUACCUGAGUGUACGACUCCCUCUAGUAACCAAACACCAAAAUCCCCAUCCCCAUCAAAUUAUAAAUUACCUAAGUGUUCGACUCCCUCUAGUAACCUAUCGCCCAAAUGCAAGUCUCCCUUAUUAAUUCCUUCGCCUAGAUAUAAAUCUAAUUUGCAAAUUCCUUCACCUAUGUGUAAAACUCCCUUGCUAAUUCCCUCACCCAUGUGCAAAUCUCCCAUGAAUUUUCAAGGCGAUAAAAUUUUGGAUAUCCCAACACAGCCUAUAUCCACCAUAUAAUCCUGAAGUAGGGAGAGCUACUAUUUUUUUCUGCCACAGUCAAGUCAGUUUUGCUUGUAUAUGUUAUUUUUUUAUGCGCAGGUUCAGAAAUUUUUUUAUACACAGCUUCAGAAUUUUUUUUUUACACAGCUUCGGAACAGAAGUAUUGUGCUCAUGUAAUUCUUUUAUUCUUUUUGACAAUAAAAGCUUGAGCCCUAAUUGGGCCAUUUAUUUUUCGACAA